ACUUGAGAAGCUUUUGUUUUCUUCAUCUUUUCUUCCUCGAAUCUCUACCCCCUCCACUGCGCUGUUCUUUAAUGGUGGAUCUGAAACUCACUUGAUUCGCUACGUAGGUUGCAGGUUUUUUUUUUUUUGAGCCUGAGUAGAAUCUUUCUGCAACUCGAAGUUUUCCUAGAUCGAAGAUGCUCGACGGCCUACUUGGGCGAGGCUAUGCCGGGAAAUGUAAAUCGUUGAUUAAACUGACCAAGAGUCGGAUCGAUGUGAUACGACGGAAGCGGAACGCGACGCAGAAGUUCUUGAAGAAAGACAUAGCUGAUCUGCUCUAUAAUGGCCUUGAUAUCAAUGCUUAUGGCAGGGCUGAAGGAUUUCUAGUCGAAUUGAACCUUUCGUGGUGCUAUGAUUUUAUCGAGACAUGUAGCGACUUUGUUUUGAAGCAUCUUACGGUCCUGCAAAAACUGAGAGAUUGCCCUGAGGAUUGUAGGGAAGCUGUAUCAUCGAUAAUGUUUGCUGCUGCAAGAUUUUCUGAUUUGCCAGAGUUACGUGAUCUUAGGAAUAUGUUUCAUGAGAGAUAUGGAAAUUCUUUGGAAUUAUUUGUCAAUCAGGAGUUUGUUGAGAAUUUAGCAUCAAAACCUUCUACAUUGGAGAAGAGAGUCAUGUUAAUGGAACAAAUAGCAUUAGAAUUUUCAAUAAAAUGGGACAGCAAGGACUUUGAGCAAAGGAUUUCUAAACCGGCUGCAGUUGCUAAGGGCCAUCCAAGGACUUAUGGUUCUUUCCAUGUCAAUGAUGACAAGUCUAAAUCAAGUAAUGGGAAGGAUGUCUAUUCACAAGGAAAUAAGACUAAUGUUAAAUCUCAAGAAAAGCUUGAAGUAAGUAAUGAUGGGCAUCGAUUGGGCAACAAGAAGGAGGAUAAUUACUCAAACAGGAAUGAGCUCAACCAUCAGUCUAGACAAGAGUCCUUUGAGGGGUACAGACCAAUAAAUGGAAGGGAAGGGAAGGACAAUCAUGAUGCGUCAUUAUGGGGAAGAAAAGAAGCUUCUGCUAGUAAGCGUGAAAUUUGGGAUGGGAUGGAGGGUGUCACUUCAACAAAAGGUAGGGUACGCAGUUCAUCUCAUGGGAGAAGCAUGGACAGAAACGAUGGUGGAGGCAAGCUGCCAGAAGUAAGGGAGAAUAAUGUUCCUAGAAUAGAUGACAGGGACAUUUUACUCAAGGGGAAGCCAGAUCUUAGUCCUAGCCAUGCAGGACAAAAAUUGAAGAAUCAUGAUAAAGAUUCAUUUAUGGGUGAUGGUCAUGAUAUUGAUGAUACAACAAGGAGAGCUCGGGAGGAUACAUCUCGCUUAAAACCCCAUUACAAUGGUAUGCUCCCUCCUCCAUAUGUUAAACCAAAUACUAAAUUGAAGGACAGCAAGCAUGGUGCCGGUUUGAGUUUUGGAUCUUCAAGUUCUGAUUUGGACAAUGAUACAGUCUUGAAAGAUGCUUCUGCACAUAAAAAAGCCUUCACAGUAAAUAGGUCAGACAAGAACCAAGAAGGGUUAAAUCAUCCUGAUGAUCAGAGACCAAAAUUUGCACCUGCAACUGUGAAUGGUUAUCACGGCAGUGAAAAAGGUUAUUAUUAUCAGAAUGAUGGUAUUGAUAACCCCAUUCCGAAACCAAGAUCCAAUAGAAGGCGGCAUCAUGUAAAAUCGUCUAGUCAAGAUGAUUUUGACAAUGAUGAACACACACGCGCUGUAAGGGGAAAAUCCAGAAGCAGGAGAAGGGAUGACUCUAGACGGGGCUUGCAAGUCUUGUUUGAUGAUGACCAACAUAAGGAUGAUGAAGAGGAAAGGAUAAUUGAUAAACUGUUGAUGCAUUACAGUAAGAAGCCAUCAUCCUAUGAAGAAGGAAAGGUAAGAAGAAAACCAUCAAGAAGUCAUCGUGCACAUCACUGGGGCACGGAAGCAGGUGAAGCCCCAUCAAACAUAACCAGAGAUGGGUCUGAUGAAAUGUCUGGGAUUCCUCCUAUUCGAUCUACGUCUCUGCCUCCUGAACCAACAACUCAACCACAAGCAAAAGUGUUUGCCCGUGCUGCUACUUUUCAGCCAGAUAGGUCAAAUGCAGACCGACAUGUGCAUCCUAAAUUACCUGAUUAUGAUGACCUGGCUGCCCAAUUUGCGGCUCUGAGAGGGAGAUAAAGUAUGAGUUCUGCCGAUCCUAAACUUGUUUUCUUCUGCUCUCCCAUGCAAUGAGGGGUGCAAUCUUCCAACUUGCAAUUUUUCAGUAUUGAGUGUUGUCUUUGUGUGUAUGUACUUCUUGCAUUGCUCUCUGACGUUCUGCAAGUCACCAUAUCAUGUAUACAUACCUCUUUAAUUUCUACGCCGCCACAAGUUUGUAAAACAUGUAUCAUGCAUGUACCUUCGUACGAUACAGAGCCUAACAUUGAUGGAUGGAAAUUCAGAUUCAGAAA